CGGCCGGGCGGGCAGAUCCCCGCUCGGCGUGCUGGUUUCCUUAGCAACAGAGCCAAGCUGGGGGAGUCGCGUAGUGGCGACCACCCCUGCCCGCGCCGCUCGAGCAGCUGGGAUGCCGGCGAAGGGGAGGGACAAAAGGAAAGGCAAAGACAAGAAGAAGAAGGCAACGAAAACUGAUGAAUCUGUGGUGGAGAGAGCCAAGGCCAAUGCCUCCCUCUGGGAAGCCAGGCUGGAAGUCACAGAGCUUUCUAGGAUUGAGUAUCGUGAUGCUUCCAGGAGACUGGCAAAAACCAAUGAGGACUUAAAGAGACAGCAGUACAAAAUGGAGAAAGACACAAUGUGUGUGUUAAGCUUCCUGAAGAAGCAGGAUCAGGAGAAAGAUAAUAUGAUUGAAAAACUGAAAGAGCAACUAAAUGAAACGAAGGAAAAAGCACAAGAAGAGAAGGAAAAGUUGGAACAAAAGUAUACUCUGCAAAUAAAUGAGCUGGAGGGACAGUUCCAUCAAAAAGCCAGAGAAAUAAGCAUGAUUCAAGCAGAAUUGAAAACAAUAAAACAAUUCCAGAAGAGAAAAAUCCAAGUGGAGAAAGAAUUAGAUGAUCUGAAGGAGAAUUUAAGGCAUACAGAGCAGAAACAUCAGGAGACUCUUAGAAGACUGGAAGGCAAGUUUUUUGAAGAAAAGCACCGACUAGAACAAGAAGCUGAAAAGAAGAUAAUAAUGCUGGCAGAGCGGGCCCACAAUGAAGCUAUUGCGCAAUUGAAUAGUGCUGGAAGAACUGUUUUUAAAGAGAACAUGUACCUCCAGAAAGCCCUCACAUCCCACCUUAAAGAAGCGGAAGCUCUGCAAAAAAACACUCAGAAGUUGCGAGAGAGUCAAACUUUUCUUCUACAACAAAAGGAGAUCAAUGAUCUUUUGGUUAAGGAAAAGAUUAUGCAACUUAUGCAGCAGAGAUCACAAAUCCAAAUUCUUCAGAAGAAGGUGUUAAGCUUGGAGACUGCCCUAAGUUGUAUGACCAGAGAGUUUGAGACUGAAGUUUUAAAACUACAGCAAAAGGCAUUAAUAGAGAACCAAGCAGGGCGGGUUGAAAUAGACAAUCUACAACAACUUCUUCAUAUGAAGGACAGGGAAAUGAAUCGAGUGAAGAAGCUGGCCAAGAACAUACUGGAUGAGAGAACAGAAGUGGAAAGAUUCUUUUUAGAUGCUCUACACGAAGUGAAGCAACAGAUCCUAUUUAACAGGAAGCGUUAUAAACAGGUAGCACAAGCUGCUUUCAAUUUUAAAAUGAGAGAGGCAUGUGCAGGAAGAACAGAAUAUCCCAAGAUCAGAACAUUUGAUGGCAGAGAACACAGCACUAAUAGUGUGAAUCAAGAUCUUAUGGAGGCUGAAAAAUGGAGAGGUGUUCAAGAAAAUGUGGAUAUUGGAGAUUUGACCUGGGAGCAGAAGGAGAAAGUCUUGAGAUUGCUCUUUGCAAAAAUGAAUGGUUUUGUUCCUAGGAAAUACAGCCAGAGCUCUAAGCCUCCAAUUCCAGACUAUGUUCCUGACAAUGGAGAAAAAAGGGAAUCUAGGGAUGAAAGAAACCUUCCGGAUCAGACCUUUAUCACCCAGCAAGCGUCAAUCUCAAACUCCACUGAUGAAAUGAUGACGCCCAAUAUUCCGAAAGGACCACAAGAGUCUAACAUAGGAACCUCCUGAAAAGCACUGAUGGACGACACAAGACCCCACAGAAGCUGCUGACAGGCCCUUCCUUGCUGAAUCCUUACUCCUGAAUAUGUUUCUGAAAAUUUCUUAGAGGAAAAAAAUAUUCUUUUAAACUUAAAAGUUACCUGUUUGCCAUAGAAAUUGGUGUCGCCUCUGAAGGAAGAUCGAGAGCCAGUGAAUGAGAACAUUGGCAAAGGCACUGGAAUGGGGACAUUCACACCCACCUAGAACAACAGAUCCACAUCAGAUACUAAGAAGAGAACUCCAAGAAACUCUCCAUUUAGAAGCACAAAUACUUGGCAUCCAAGAGACCAUUUUUAAACACCCACCUUCCCCCCAUCUUCCAUCCCAGGAACUUAUAUUCCUGAGAAAGAAAUGGGCACUGUGGGAGGUCAGAGGGGCAGUCACCAAUCACUGUUUACCAUCUCCCUUUAGAUAGGAAACAGUAAGUGGGUACAAGAAUCUCUUAAAAAUUCUGUUCACAAACCUGCCCGACAUCCACCAGGUGUGAAUAUUUCCGAGCAGUGGCGCCAUUGGUGGUGAAGAUGGCAGUUCCAUUUCCAUAUGGGUUGUCAUUUACAAUCUUGAUGGCAUCAUCCAAAGUUUCUGUCUCCAGAACCACCAGAACUGGACCAAAAAUCUCCUCUUUGUAACAGGUCAUACUUGGCUACCAGGAAUGAUGCAUACAGAAAAGUCAGUGUUUAAUGCUAAUUUGGUACUUUAUUACCUGUUUAUAUGGACAGCUUUCAUCUUAGAAACCUCUUUUCAUUUUAAACCACCUAUAAAAAAAGUUACUUCUUACUGUGUUCCAUCUUUCAAGCUGCCAUUCACACAAAUAACUUGAAAUUCCUAUUAACUAUAACUACACUCCUUUCCUGUAAGCACUGGAUUUUUAGGUUCCACCACUGGCUUCCUCAAUACCUACAUGAUUAGUGUAUACAAUUGAUAUGUUACUGAAAAGUUAGUUUCAUGAUUCAAAUAUGUAUUAAAUACAAUAGAAUUUUUUGUUUAAAGUAAACUUAUGCUAAGUUUUCUGUAACAUAAACAAUCUAUUCUCAUUCUUCCUUUGCCUUCCAAAUGAAUCCAUGCAUUUAUAUUUUGAUAGCAGGUCACAUUAAAAUAUUUAAGUAUCUUUCACCACUGUAGCUAGUUAGCUGUAUUUGUUGCUGACAAGUGGAUUUUUCCUCUUAUGUUUCUGUGGCAAGAGAUUUCAUAAUUUUUACUAAAUUCAACUCUUGAUUAUUUGGGCUUAUUGGUAGGAUUAGUGGAGACAUAUGAAUUUCAAAAAGAGACCUCAUAACUUUGUUUAGUAAUUAAUGUUAGCUGAAAAACUUUCAGAGUUUUGAUAAAUAAAAAAUGACACCAAUUAUUUUUCUUUUGUAACUUUCUGGUGAAGAUGCAGCUAAGUUUUGGGCACAGAGUAGAUAUUCAAUAAAUAACAGGGAGUUGAUAUAUUGCUAUAGCAAUAGCUGUAAGCUUGGCAUCAAGGAGGAGAGGCAUUAAACAAGCAACAGUAUAUAAAAUAGGGGUUGGCAAAUUAUGGCCCAUGGAUUAAAUGUG